AUGGUGGAUUCUGAUUCUGAGGCAGACUGGGGCAAUGAUGCAGCUGCAAUUGGGGAAGUUAUUGCAGAUGAGGCAGUUGAAAAUGGAAGCCAACUGAAUACACCAAUGCAAAGCCAAUUUAAUUCGUCUUCUGGGAAGUCGGAUGAUUCUGGUAGUGAAUGGGAGGAAGAUUUUGCCGGUGGAGACUUGAAAGAAAAUGAUGAUGAAUACGGUCAAGAAGAUCGGCGGAAGGCAUAUGGGCGUACGCGCAGUAUGCCAACGUCACACGCUGUUUCUAUGGCUGGAUUGGACAUAGCUCAAGACCUUCUACCUGCUGAUGGACAUUCGCAUCGAAGGCGCAGACACGACAGAAGACCCAAGCUACGAAGAAGCCGCUCUCACUCAGAUGAUAGUUGGGAUGAUAUCAACGUUCUAACUAAAGAUGCACACAAUGCUGGAGAUUCAAAUCGAUUCUAUCAAGACAAGCGCAAGAGUAGGCUACCGAGGACCAGCGUUUCCUCACUCUCUGAUUCAGACGAUGAUUGGGAUGAUACUGUUCCAAUUGAAGAUGCAACCAACUUUGGACAUGACGAACGCCGCCAUCGCGACAAGAGCAACAGUAGUCGUCAAUAUCGCCAAAGUAAAAGUGGCAGGAGAAGUGGUAGUAGAGACAAAAGAAGCAAGCCAAGCAGACGCAAGAGCAGUGAACGACACAGGGACAUGAGUCUAGACAGUGGUACAAGACGCCGGUCCAAGGAACAUGUUCGUUUUAGUGCUAUUGUACCCUCCGACAAGCAUGAAACCUCCAUAGAGCAGCAAGUUGGUAUGGAUGAGAGUGAAAGGUUGGCAUUGUACUUGAACAAGGCCGCAAAACGGAUCCAAAUCCAAUUUCGUCUUAUUCUUAAAAAACGAGAAGAUUUAUCUGAUGCCGAUUCUGAAACUGAGUCUUUUGAGGAACCAACUGCUCAAGAAACUCAGGACGUUGAGGAACAAGACAUCGAACACACCAUUACGAUGGCAUCUAUCUUGAUAUUCAGCGUCGCCAUGAUGUCAAAACGAUGGAUUAUAAAAUGCUUCGAAGGAUGUCGGGGGAACCAAAAGAGAUCUGGCAGAAGACAGAACAAUCGCGAUCACGAUGGUCAUGAUGAUCCAGAAAUGGUGAAUCCAGACGAGAUUCCCGUGGAUGGUAAUCCCAAUAUACACGGCCAAGGACAAGGACAAGGACAAGGCCAAACGGGACCCACUGGGCCAAGUGCUCCACCUGGUAUGGAAUCGAUGGCGUCUCAGGCGGCAAGUAGCGCAGCAGGUGGAGCCGCUUCAGGGGCAUCCGCUGGAAUCGCAGCUGGAGCAGCUGCAGCUAGUGCCGCAGCAACAAGUGCCGCAGCAACAAGUGCCAUGGCAGCAGCAGGCGUCGCAGCUGGAGCCACGCAACUGGCAAUGGUCGCUAUUGUUGGUACGACUGUUGUAGUUGCCUCCAGUAUUGCAGCAUCCGCUGGAUUUUCUGAGACAGUAAUUGCGACUCCACGGAUACCGUUUCAGAUCGUAUCGACUUGUGGGAUUGAGUCUCCCGUCUUUCAUAACGGAACCAUUGAUCUAUCAUUUGAAGGAUUCGAGCGAGGGUUUAAUGCUCGAGAACAGCAAUUGGUGGAAACCUUGGUGGUGGACUCGUACAAUCUCAUUACUAGGGGAACAAAUCAAGAAGUUGCUGGCUGUGCUGAUGCGUAUCAGCGAGAAAUGCAGAAUUCGACAAUGUUAGAUCAAGUAUUCAAUGCUGGGAAGGACGAGGAUCCAUCAACACUUGACGUGACGUUUGAUUCUUGGGUGAUUUGCAAUGGAUGUCCCGAUGGUCUGCCAAUGAUUGGUCGGUAUGCAACCGAUAAUGGCCCAUCCAUUAGUCGUAGAUUGCAAAGCGUUGAGGAGGUGGAAGUGGAUCUUGGCCUCCUCGAUCAACUGUUGAAAGACGUGGCAAGGAAGAUUGUUGAAUUGGCUGACUCUGGGGAGCUGGCAGAGUCGUUCAUCCCGUCGAAGAUUGGAAUCAAGGGCCAACCGCUGUCAUCAUUCAUUGACUCUGAAGGCAAAGACAGUACCCCUAUGAUGCUUUUGAAUUUGCCAAUCGGAUACGAAGACCCUACGUCAACCAAUGGUCGAGAGGUGAUAUUUCCUCGAACUUCGGCUUGUGGCUCAUCUAAUCCAGAAUUCUAUCCCGGCAUCUGGCGCAUAUCACUGCAAGGCGUCUCCCGAGUGAUUGCGACUGGCGAGAUUGGGGUAAUCGAGGAGCUGAUGUUGGGCACCUUCAAUUAUGUGGCCGUCGGUAGCACUGCACAGCCACACUGCGAUGACAGCGAGUUUACAUAUGAUUUUGGAAUGAUGGAGGUCGCUCUUCGCGAGAUUAUUGCUCGGAUGGUGGGUCUGGUCAAUAAUGAUACUCUUUCAGCGAGCCUUCUUCCAAACAAGGUAUCAAUCCUUCCUCCGACCCAAGCCGGGUCCAACGGAAAUGGAGGUGGACAAGGCACAGCAUUGGAACCGUUGUUGAACGUGCCCAUCAUCAUCGAGACCGACGAAAAUGGGGACCUCUUGGCGAAUGUUCCAAAACCAUCCGCAUGCGGACUAUUGGAUCCUAGCUUCUACCCAGGCGAGCUGCGGAUGACCUUUGAGGGUUUCGAAAGGGUCUUUACGGAAGAGGAAGCUGCGUUGAUCGAGCCGAUUGUACUAUCGUCGUACAACGCAUUGACAAAGGGUCCAACCACCGAAGAAGGCGUAUGUGUCGAUGAGUAUAAGCGUGAGAUGACAAAUGCCGAUCUCGCGGACCAAACGUUUUCGGUACCUCCCGGUGGUGAUGAAGUGUCAGUACUGGAUUUGGUAAUUGAGACAUGGGUGACAUGCGAUGGUUGUUCGGAAGAAGAAGCAGUAUUUGGGUCUUCGGGUAGCUUUCAAAGAAGGACUCAAGAUGGCGUUGGUGGCGAUGGCUUGGACUUGGACUUUGUGGAGAUUCAUAUGGAAGAAGUCGUGGCAGGAAUCUUUGAGCUUGUACGGAUCGGUGCUCUACCUGCUAUAUUCAUUCCAGAGAAGGUGUACGUCAAGAGUAGAGGUCCAAAUGGUGAAAGCGGAGCUGUUUUAUUGGAUGUUCCCAUUCUCGUGAACUACCGGGAACAGACGGGAUAUUCCGUCCAGUUUCCGGGACCAAGUCAAGCUCCGUCGAUGAGUAUAUUACCCAGUAGCAUGCCAAGUGAUGUUCCUUCAUUGAGUAUGGUCCCAUCGGAAGUCCCCUCUGACGUUCCUUCGGUCUCUCCCAGUGCGGUUCCAAGUGAUAUGCCCAGUGUGAUUCCAAGUGAUAGUCCGAGCAGCUGGCCUUCCGUCGAUGACUCCGUCAACCAUUCCGAGCGCCUCGCCUUCAAAUGUACCAUCCGUGAUCCCAUAUCUGCAAUCCCAUCAAUGACUCCUAGCAUGAAUCCAAGCGAGAUGCCAUCGACUGCUUAUCAAGGAUGUUUUGUGGAAAAGAUAAGCCACUCUCAUCCCAAGAUGGAGCUAUUGCUUGGAGCAACUGGGAGUGUGGAUAGUUGCAUAACUCAAUGCGGCAACUUUGGCUACAUUUAUGCUGGCUUGAGUACGGAUACAGGUACAAUUUGCUACUGUGGCGACUCGUAUGAUGUGGCAGACCAAGUGGAUGAUCUCGAAUGCGACAAUGAUUACGGCGGAUCGUGCGGUGCUGUUGAUUGCGGCGGAUUGUGCGGUCCAGUUGCUGCUGGGUUUGGUAGGACCAGUGUCUACAUGGCUGGCGAACCCCCAGCGGAAGGGAACUUGACAUUUCAAGCCGGCACGAGUUUGUCGGUCAAAGGAUGCAUUGCGUUGUGCGGUUUCAAUGGUUAUGAUUAUGCCGCCCUCAACAACGGAAGCGAUUGCUACUGUGGCGAUGAUAUAAAUGCAGACCCUAAUCCUAAUGAAUGCGGAAUCCCCUGCACUUACCAGACGGUCGCAGGUUGUAAUGAAAUUGACGGAAGCAGCUCUUGCACUUGCGGUGGUGCCGUCUCAAGUUCCGUAUACAGAACGAAGGGCGGACUUGGCUGUUGGUAG